GUUGCGGUGCCUGUCUUCAAAAGCCAGCCUGGUAGGAUUUAAUUCUGGCGUGUAUGUAUGCACCGCCGGGGUGUGUUUACCCAUAUUCACUGCGCGCUUAUCCCAACUUAGCUUCACGCGUCAAUGGCGGGGCGGCGGCAAUCAACCCAGACUAAACUUUUAGCAAUGCCCAAGCUGCAGCAAAUCGGAAACGCCUUCUCCUUGCAUCCAUGCACUUCACUCGCCAGCGCGUACGUGCAGAUAUAAAUUCACGGCACUGAACUUUUCAGACAUUUCAGGCUUCUCUUCCUUUUCGAAUUUCUCCCACAAGUCAAAGCACGUCUGCGCAUUUCCCAACAUAGCCCGUCACUUCUUCAACACUAUUCUGUAACCACUUGUCGGGGUCAAGUUGUCUGCAACAGGGUUUCUGGUGAUUUCUCAAACUCAAACGCCUGCGAUCAACCCCCGCUUCAGCACACGACCGUCGAAUGUCUUGACCCGCUCCGCAGAACUCGUGUUGUUGACGUAGCUCUCGAUAAUGCGCAUAUUACGUCCGCGGACAUCUUGUGCUGUAAUCGAAGGAAGCACAUGUAGCUGGGCAUAGAGACAAGCCGAAUGCUUGAGUAGACGACAGUGUCCAAGGACAAGAAAGAAGGAGUUCAAGCCGUUGCAGGUAUCGAACUGCGUUCACCAUGUCGAAUGAUCGCCGACAUUUAGACAACUUGAGUGCCUACAAUUUUAAUUCGACGCGCGCUACUCCAAAAGAAAGUCGACCAAGAGCUAGGCAAAACGACCGUUCUAGGUCACCACAACGAGAUCGGUUUCCAUCGGGCAGAUAUGAUAGAGUUGAAGGUGAGCGGCACGAAUUGGACAGAAGUGGCUAUGACUCCUACAAGCCUGGUCAAUCGCCAUCAAGAGAUAUGAUUCCAGCGCCGGUGAAGCCGUCGAGCAUGACCUUGCCCUUUUCACCACAAAUCCCUGCCCCAGUCAAUGAUUCGCGGCGUGAGUAUUCACUUAGUAGCCCGAUUCACGCCUAUAAUAUCCUUUAAUUCAUCCGUGGCUAUAACUUGUUUCCUAUUUAGCGUAAUUUUAAAGCUAUCAUUCACAAUAUAAACUAACUACUAGUAGGAGGAAGUGGUGUUCGGUCACCUUCUGACUCAAGUCCCUAUCGACAAUCCGACCGGCCAGCAGUAGCGAGAACAAACUCUGCUUCACUAGAGCAGCCUCUGAGAGCUGCAGAGGCGGGAAUCAGUAUUCUUGGGCGAGCAGCAAAAGCUGAAGAGGAGAGGAAGCAGCGUGAAGAACAAGCAAAAUUAUACAAAGCUAAAGCAGCCAUGCAGAAAGCAGCUGUCUCUGAACAAGGGAGUUCUACUAUAGAAGUAGCUGCACCAGCUAUGGCUUCAGUCGAUAGAGCUGGAGCUACUGAUUUAGCCAGGCACGACGAAGCCAAGCGUGCGGAAAGUGCGCUUGUGCAACAUACCGCAUUAUCAACGAAAAAUGACGUCUUGCUGGGAUCUCAGCCGUUCGUUGACUCCAUAGGGGAUAUUCUCGUUGAGGUGAGCGAGCUCUGCUCGGCGAAAUCGCUGGUCGAAAAGUCCAAGGCCAGGCUCAAUAAGGCAGUGGCGGAGUUCGACAAGUCUAAAGAAAACCAUGAGAGAUGGCCUUCCAUAAAAGACCCUCAAGUCCAAGCCAAGAAAACUGCCGACAGAGAGCAUAAAAAAGCUGUGAAGGAGUCGGAACAGAAAGAAGCUUCGCUUCGUCGAGCAGCUGAGCAGGUUGCGGAGAAGGUACUCCCCAGCAUUCUCGGAAGCAGCACUCAAGAGCUUCAGCAAACCAGGGAUCGCCUCAAUACUGUCGAAGGGAAAUGCGAAAGCAGUCAUCGAAUAUUGGAUGACCGACUUCAAGAGCAAAAGGCAUACUUCGACGCCCAACACCUAAAAUCCAACGACCUGAACGAAAAGAUCCAGAAGGAACUCAAAGAAGAGAUUCGAGUCCUCCGAGCUGAGUUUACUAGAGAGCGGUCUAGAACCGAAAAGCUCUUCUCGAUGCAAAGUGAAUUCGCUACAACUAUUCAAAACCUAUCUGAGGACUUAAAACUAGCUAAGGAAACUAUUGCUAGAUUUUCACAAGCUGUCCCUCCCGAUCUCACAGAACAGCUGCGUAAGAUCAGUGGCCUAGAUCAAUUACGAUCUGAAGUCAAAGCAUACGAUGGCCGUUCAUCAAGGACAGAGGCAGGAAUGACAAACCUGACUGCUACAGUCAACAACCUGACACACUCCGUCGGCGCCCUUGACAGAACCUCCAAAGCCCGAGACAACGUAGCUCAAACUCUAAGCGAAGAGCAAAAUGAUCUUCGUAGGACUAUUACACAAAUCGACGAUAGGGUCAAGGUAGUGGAAGAUAAUGCAGCUUUAAAAAAGGUAGAGAAUAGAAUCUCUAGCCUAGAAAGAACUGCAUAUCAAUCAGCUGCUGCGAAUAAGGACCACGAUGCGGUCAAGCAGCAACUCGUGGCUCUUGAGGCGACGCUUCGUCCCGUUGUUUCCCGAUCGUCAAAUAUCGAAGAAAUUGAUGGCCUUAAGAUUAAAUUGAACGGGCUCGAAUCUAGUGUGACCAGUGCUACGGAUCGCAUAGCCAAGGUCGAGGAGCAGACGAAGGCAUGGGAAGGUGUUCAGAAGACCAGCUCUACCCAGAAGAACCGCAAUUCUCCUGAUCUUACUGCAUUGGAAAUUCGUUUGGCAGCUAUUGAACAGAAGCCACAGUCGGGAACUCCAGAUCCAUCAAUCGGAGAUCGCAUUUUGGCACUAGAACGCGAGCGGAGACUUCAAGCUCCGUUGGCGCAGUCAUCAGUCACUGUCGCAGAUUUUAGUCACCUUUCCAAUCAAGUCGACCAGCUCAAGAACGAUAUGGCGGAAGACAUUGCUGCACUAGUCGAUUCUACCGGCAGUACCGUUGAGACACUUGUCAAUCAUCACUUGCAGCCUAUCAUGGAGCGUGUAUCUACUGUUGAGUCUUCUCUGCAAAGUUUAGAAGAUUCUAACGGCUCGGUACAAGCAUCUUUUAAGAUAUUGGAAGAAUCUAAUGCGUCGAUUCAGUCUUCUGUCAAAACAUUGAAUGACUCGUACGCCCCGAUGCAGUCAUAUGUCCAAACCUUACAAAAGUCUGUCGAUGAACAAUUCCAGAGACAGAAUAAAGCUAUCUCGGAUGCGGUCGGUGCCGCCGCAGGACGUGCCAUAGAGGUGAUUCGGUCACAAAACUUGUACGCUCCAGCAAGCCUGGACGCGAAAUUCGCGACUACCAUCCAGGAAAUUAGCACUCAUCUCGAUAAGUAUAUCGAGGCACAGUCUCAGAUCACCGACAGUUUGCAGUUUCGAAUGGAUAAUAUGAACACCGGCGAACUGCAUCGUGCUAUGGUCGAUAGUAUCGGCCAGACAUUCCCAAACCUGCGAAAUCAUGACAUGACAUUGCAGAGCCUCAAUUCACAGAUGUCGACUAUAGGUAUCAAACUCAGGGCAAUCCAAACGGAGUUUUCUGAACUCAAAGAAUCCAGACAAGCUCCUGCACCGGCACCCGCGCCCGCCCCAGCUGUUUCUCCUGCACCAGCCAGCAGGCAAGAUGAUGGGAUGCUAAAGGCACUUCGCACUGACGUUGAUACCCACACUUUGGAUCUGCAUAGACUAAAGAAGCUGCUCGAGAAGGACGUUGCGACGAUGUCCGCAACAACGUCUGCAAGUCUGGCUGGUGCGCACCAGGCAAUCAGUGACCUGACCGAGGAACUCGCAAGACGAUGCUUCGAGCUUCAAACCUCUGACGAAGAUCUCGACGGAAAGAUCCAUAGUCUCAAUGACAAGAUCGAAGGAAUCGACAAGAAAGUCGAUGGUGUGAUCCAUAAACAGCAACAGCCAUCGAGAGCCCCAUCAGCGAUACCCCGAACAACAUUCGCAGGUUCUCGCCAGGCAUCGGCACAAACAAAUCGCCAGGCCUCUGUAUCAAGCGACGCAAGUAGCGUUCUCCGCAAACGCAAGGCCCAGGACCUAAAUGGCAACGGCGGUCCGGCAGUCAGUCCCCGUAAACCAACGAAUGGAUUUAGACACAGCAGUGAAAGUGCCCGUGGUAGUCCAAACGCGAAGCGUCCUCGCCGGAAUAAGCUUGACGAUGACCCAGAAAUGGAUCCUGACUACGAGGAAGGUGAUCCUCAGCCAGGCAUUUCGGCCGAUGAAGACGAGGACGAGUGAGUACCUGGAUGACUGGACCCUAAACCUCCCACUACCCUGGCUCUCUCCCCCUCAUAUUGUCUUCGCGCAGUAGACGUGUUUUCAAGAGCAUUACUGAUCUUGAGAACGAAGGGUGCUCCCAUCUGCCCCGAGACGCAGAAAGGGCAAAUUUUUCCCUCCCGUCAUUGAGAUACCGGAUUCGGAUUAAGCAUCUCCAUGGGUUGGGAUUGUCGGCGACGAUUAACGAAUGGGUGGCACCCGUCCUACAUACUGUACAUUAUACGUUGGCGUUGCUUUUCUUUCUUUCCUUCGCUCAAGCUGGCUUUCCUUCAAAAUCUUUUAGCUUCUUUGCUACGCGACUGAGCUGGAGCUGCUGGCUAUUUCGUUACGUUGCAUUGGCAUGCGUUAGCAUUUACAUCCAUAUCCAUGGGCCGCGGGGCGUGGCGCGGAAGGAGUCGAUGGGCCUGAUAUACCCUUUCGUUUUUGUUUUUGCUUUUGCUUUGUGCAUGGUUGUUUGGAGGACUGCGCGUUAGAGGAAGCGAUGUGCUUUUGAGUCCUGCCGCCUUGCCGCCCUUGCGGGAGGAGAAAUGUGGCUACCUCCACAAGUAGAUAUCUAGCCGGAUGGAUGGAAUGGGGGUGAGGGAAGCUAGUUAACCGUUAAUCCCGGAACGGCAAUGUCUUUCAAGAUUUCGCGUUUCACUCAUCAAACCCAUGAAAGGAGGGAGGCGUGGGAUGUAUACCAUAAUGUGCUGUCCGUAGAUAAUACCACGAAACAACGACAUUUACAAUCACAAUAGACACAUUCGCAUACAAAUGAAGAAGUCAAUGGCGUGAAGGUGAGGAUAAGGAAAGGAGGAGAAGCCUCCUUAUAUACACUCCGGUGAAGUGGAG